GAAAAGAUGGGCCCCCCUACACUGUGUCUAUAUAAUGUACAAGUGCCCUUGGGUUUGGUGGAACUGCACUCGGGGGAUGACUCCAAGGUUGUCCAUCAUGAAGUUCGCUCUGUUUCUGGGCUGUGUGGUGUUGUCUACUCUGGCUGUAGCCUCAGGUAACAUACUCAAUUCAACACUGGAUGAAGACUGGAAGAACUGGAAAUCAGAGUAUGAGAAGCAGUACACUGAGGAUGAAGAGAGCUACAGGAGAAUGAUAUGGGAUGACAACAUGAGAUACAUCAAACAACACAACCUGGAGUACUCGAUGGGGAAACACACCUUCACUGUGGGAAUGAACCAGUUUGGAGAUCUGACCAAUAAAGAGUUUAAUGAACUCAUGAAUGGAUUCCGCCAAGAUGAAGCUGAUAACUCGACUGAAGAGGAAGUUGAUGGAGAAGAUGAUAUUGAAGACGAUGAAGAGUUUGAAGAAAGUGAUGAGGAUUUGAAAAAAGCAAAUGUUGACUGGCGUACAAAGGGUUGGGUUACGCCAGUGAAAAACCAGGGAAGAUGUGGUUCGUGCUGGGCUUUCAGUGCGACUGGGGCCAUCGAAGGACAGUGGGCAAAGAAACAUGGAAGACUGGUUUCUCUGAGUGAGCAGAACCUGGUUGAUUGUGACAAGCGAAGCCAUGGAUGCAAUGGUGGAUGGAUGUCAAGUGCCUUUCAAUAUGUGAUAGAAAACAGAGGCAUCAACUCAGCUCGAACCUACCCAUACGAAGCAAAGCGACGCUCCUGCAGAUUCCGGAGAAACGAUAUUGCUGCCAAAAUCAGGCGUCACAGGCGUAUUGGCAAAAGUGAAAGAACUUUAGCACGUCGUGUGAAAAGGGUAGGACCACUAGCUGUUGCCAUUAAUGCUGGCCGAAGAUCCUUCCGUCUUUACAGAAGUGGAGUUUACUAUGAUCGACGUUGCAAUGGACGUCUAAACCAUGCAGUCCUUCUGGUUGGAUUUGGAAGACUCAGAGGAAAGAAAUAUUGGCUUGUUAAAAACAGUUGGGGAACAUCAUGGGGUGACAAAGGUUACAUCAAAAUGGCGAAGGAUCGGCGGAAUAACUGUGGAAUUGCCAAUUAUGUAGUUUAUCCAAUCGUGUAAGGAGCCAGUGUUAAACCAGAGCUUCAUUGAACCCCACCUGAAAGAAUGUUGGAAAUAUUUCUGCUAGUGCUCGUUCAUUCAACACCAUUAUUUUAAUUGUAUGCCGCAAUUUGAAAAAGUGAAAUAAUAGUAACUGCUGCUUACUUCUAUAGUUUCAUAUAAAAGCCAAUGUCAUUUUGUGUUUGCUGCAUAUCAUCAUGGUAAUAUCUGAAUGUCUCUCCACAAGCUGGAGAAUGUAGUCAAUGACCUGCAUGUACAGCUGAUAUCGAGCAAGACAAUAAACGUUGCAAGCAAUCA